GCUGUCGGAUGGUACAAUUGGGUACAGGAGUACUCAAGGCACCACGGGUCGAUGCGAAACAAAAGAACACAUCUCUUCCGGUCAAUAACCGAUGCCUUAUAAGAUAGCCGCCCAGCGGAUGCGCGCUCUCAUGCCCGUGUUGUCUGGCCCGCUACGCUGAGAUUUUGACAUUCACAUUCCUUAUCACCGUUUAUUCCGUACAGCAAACCGAAACAGGAUGCAUGUUCACGACAAUACCCCUUCGUGUUCCGAUCUUUCGCCUUCCAUUCACCACGACGAGAUGCAAAGGCGUACACCUUUCUAUCACGUUGCGCGCGACAGCGACGAUAGUUUAAUCGUCGCAGAUGUUCCUCCCUGGUCGGAGUCACUUGAUAUACCCUUAUUUCGUGGGCUCGCCCGUCAUCAUGAAACUUAUUUUCAUUCCAACGAAACCGACUUUCUGCUCGACAUUCUCGAUUGCACAUCCCUUGCGACCACUUUUGACCAUUCCUGCUUGCGCUACCUAGACUUGCAGCUUCUGACACAUCCAGCAGAAUCCUUCGCUGACGUCUGCUGGACAGACGCAGUUCAUGAUGAUGAUUCUAAUGAACGCUGCUCAUUAUCCUCUUCCAUGUCCGAUUGCCCGACAUCUUCGCCUAGCUAUCCGCCGUCUUCUUUUGGUGAAGAAGACUCGAUAUCGAGCACGUCGGAAUCGAUAACGUACCAUGAGGACAAUGACGAAUUUAAUAUGCACAGCAAACAGUCUUAUCCAGACCGUUAUUUCAGAGAGGUCUGUCCCCCCGUCGUCCAACCGGGGAAACGGGAUUCAUUUCUCUUUUUUGAACCCUCACGGUACUUUGCGUCCUCCAAUCCCGCAGAGUCCGUGUGUUAUUUCCCCACGACGGCGGCUGCCCCCCGGGCUCGGGAAAAGUCAUAUCGCCGCUUUGCAAACUUUUGCUUGAGGUUGCCGUGUCUAGUUCGACGGCGAAAUUAAACUGAUGACGGCCGCCACUGAGGCGGCUUUGACUUGCAAGCAACCUGCUCAAUUUCAGGGACAAUUCAAGGACAAUUCACAUUAGUACAUAGCGCAAAAGGACUUUGACAUUGUACACAUGCAUUACAACACUCGUGGAUCUUUUCCCGUAUCAUACCCCUUGACAUUUUUAAAACACGUCCUAUGGUUGUUUUUGCUUUUUCUUU